CCACUUGCCUCCUUAGCAAUUAGCCUUUUAUCCACACGGAGUGGCUUCGGAAUCAGCUGCAAUUGUUUGUUUGUUUGUUUGUUUGAUUGAUUGAGAAUUUGUUCGUAGCGUCGCACUGUCUUUCAUUUCGUGUUUUUUCAGACGGCUCCACAGUUUUACGUAAUCUGUUGCUGAAGAAAACGCGCCAUUGAUUUCUGUUUGUAUCAACGUGAUUAGGUUUUGUUAGUUGCAAGGCCAUAUUCUGCAUUCGUCGCAUUGCGUUGCGGAGUCGAUUGCGGUAGGAUUUAGGGGUUUCUUCAUUUCCUUCGAGAGAGUCUCUUUGGCCAGAAGGCGUGUUACAUUGCCAUGGUGGCCCUUGUUUCCACAGCUAGUUGUAUCCAUAGCUGUAAAUGGUCGCCGGGUGCCGCCUUUCCGCGGUUGUGUGCUCCUUCUCUCGUCUCAGGGAUUUUUCACGACAUGUGUAGAGUUUCUUUGUCCCACUCCUCUGCCUUCAGAUCACCAAAAUCGGUUUACAGUUCAUGCGGUGGAAACUUCCCUGGUGACCGUGUUUCCAAGCGACUGCACACACGGGCAAAGGUUGGAACUAGCGUGGAGGAACAGCUGAGGGAGCUACCUGGAGAUGGCAAAUUGAAUAAGAUAUGGCAUCUGCUACCUUCAGGGCUGCGGCUCGAGGUUCUUUCUACUGAAGCCUGCGAGAAUUCUGAAAAGAAGCCACCGCUAGUAUUUGUGCACGGCAGUUACCACGCCGCAUGGUGUUGGGCCGUGCAUUGGUUGCCCUACUUUUCGUCCCUUGGAUAUGAUUGUUACGCGAUCAGUCUUCUUGGUCAAGGUGCUAGCGAUGUGCCCUCCGAGUCCGGGCCAGGGGGUACAAUCCAGACUCACGCCCGUGACAUCUCCCAUUUCAUUUCUCAACACUGUAUACAGCCGCCAGUAUUAGUCGGCCACUCGUUUGGAGGCCUUGUCGUGCAGUAUUACCUCUCGCAACUUUCCACUGACACAAUGACAUCUAUUAAGAGUUAUGGAUGGAGUGAGCCGUAUCCACCCCUUGCUGGUGCAGUUUUGGCCUGUUCAGUGCCUCCAACUGGGAACACUGCGGUUGUGAAGCGAUUUCUUAUGUCGAGGCCGAUUGCUUCAAUCAAAGUGACGCUUAGCCUCGCUGCGAAGAUGUUUGCUACAUCUGUGUCAUUGUGCCGCGAGACCUUUUUCUCGCCGAGCAUGCCCGAGGGAGAUGUUGCACAUUAUCAAAAGUUGAUGAAAGAGAGCUCAAAGGUGCCAUUGUUUGACCUUCGAAAUCUCAAUUCGACUCUCCCUGUCCCUCCACCUGUAAAAAAUUCUCCUUCCAUUUUAGUGCUUGGAGCUGAAAAUGACUUCAUUCUCGACAAGCAAGGAAUUGAAGAGACUGCGAGUUAUAUGGGCACGAAGGAAGUAAUUGUGCCUGGCAUAGCGCAUGAUAUAAUGCUAGAUAUGGGAUGGAGAGAUGCUGCCAAUGUACUCGAGUCGUGGAUGCAGACCACAUUGUAGUCGCCGUAGUCAAGUAACAGCUCAGUACCAUCUACGGUGUUUGCCUGGUGCAGAUCUUCAUCUACAUGCUGUACCUGAGUCUCAACCAACGCCGUGUAGAUAAGGUCUGAUCUUAGCAGCCACUUCCGCUGGAGUGAGGGUGAGUGUACACGUGAAAUCUUGUGAAAGUCACGUCGAUCCAUCAGUCGAUGUCUUACACGGCUGUGUAAUUCUGGCGAGAAGAACUGGAUACAUGCAUGAGCCCCAGAGCUUAGGGGCCAUGUUUGAACCCAAUGUACACAGUGCUGGUGAGGAUGGCAACACUUUUAAUGCAAAGAUCAGAGAGGUGUUCAAGCUAAAGAGAUACAAUCUAUCUGUAGUGGCAAUCCAGAACUAGAGGUUACUCGCAAUGUAGGUUUGGAAGUUGAUUGAUUAUCGGCGAUCUGGUAAAGGUCAUUGCGGACCGUGAGCACAGGAUGAAUGUUGUUGAAGUAUUACUGAAUGCCUGGAAGAAUCCUUGUAGAUUUGGACAAACAGGAGGAUGUUUCGGAGCGCAGAUUGAUAGAGAUGUCUCUUGACUGAUGGCCUGUCCGAGGAAGGGUAAUAAGCUGUUCAUUUCACCUUUCCUAUCUAUCGACCAUGAAAAUGGAUAACUUUCAUUAA